GAGCAGGAAACGGGGCAGGCCGAGACUUCCGGGGGAGAGUGGCGAGCUGGAAAUAAUGUUAUCAUCAUUAUAAUGAGCGAAAUAUUUAUCAGUGAUAUGAAGUAAAGAGAAAUGUGUUUAAUUAGAGUUUAACUGCGUUAUUGAACGGAAAUGACGUGAUGCUGGUUGAUGAGAACUUCCAGUGUUGUGGUUGGAGCUAGUUUGUUAGCGUGCUGGCUAAAGGGGAAGAGCUGCUGUGUGUGGAUAAACAUGCUUUAAUUCUCAUCCAGAAUGAAGGAGAAAUCCUGAACACUUCGCGCUGUAUACUGUUUCACAUCGUAUUUAUCUACUAAAGCGCGCGCGUGUGUGUGUGUGUGUGAGAGAGAGAGAGUAGUGUGGAUGUUAUUUAGUUAGUGUGUGUGUUUUUUAGUGUGGAUAUUAGUGUGUGUGUGUGUGUGUGUGUUAGUGACUGUGUGGGUGUGUGUUUUUUAGUGUGGAUAUUAGUGUGUGGGUGUGUUAGUGAGUGGGUGUGUUAGUGUGUGUGUUAGUGACUGUGUGGGUGUGUGUUUUUUAGUGUGGAUAUUAGUGUGUGGGUGUGUUAGUGAGUGGGUGUGUUAGUGUGUGUGUUAGUGACUGUGUGGGUGUGUGUUUUUUAGUGUGGAUAUUAGUGUGUGGGUGUGUUAGUGUGUGUGUUAGUGACUGUGUGGGUGUGUGUUUUUUAGUGUGGAUAUUAGUGUGUGGGUGUGUUAGUGAGUGGGUGUGUUAGGGUGUGUGUUUUUUAGUGUGGAUAUUAGUCUGUGUGUGUUAGUGAGUGUGUGGGUGUGUUAGUGUAGAGGAAGAGGAGCGCUGAUUGGCUUGCGCUCGUAUUAGUGACGAUGGGAAACUGUCUGAAAUCUCCAACAUCAGACGACAUUUCAUUACUGCACGAGUCUCAGUCGGACCGAGCCAGCACCGGGGACGGAGCCGAGCCCGAGUUGGAGCCUCCUCCACCCUACGAGGAGCAGGUCCACAUGCCCGUGUACCAUCCCACACCCAGCCAGACGUGUUUGGCUACGCAGCUAACAGAGGAGGAGCAGGUCCGCAUCGCACAGCGCAUCGGCCUCAUUCAGCACCUACCCAAAGGAGCGUUCGACAGAGGGAAGGACGGCUCUGAGAAGAAGAUCCGAGAGUGCGUGAUUUGUAUGAUGGACUUUGUAUACGGCGACCCCAUCAGGUUCCUGCCCUGCAUGCACAUCUACCACAUGGACUGCAUAGACGACUGGCUCAUGCGCUCCUUCACCUGUCCUUCCUGCAUGGAACCAGUCGACGCUGCGCUCCUCUCCACGUACGAGACCAACUGACCAGCCCGAGCCUGCUGCAGAGACCCCGCCCUCCCAGGUUCUCAUCCUCCAGCAAAGAGCGGCUGAAGGCCUCCGUCGUGUCCCUGGCUGCUCUGACUAGUUCACUGUUUAGUCUGGAGGCCAAUCAAGCUAGCCAGCACACACAAACUUGUUUUUUUUUUUUUUUAAUCUCACCAAUCAUGCACCGUUGUUUGUCACAAUUUUUGGAGUAUAUCUGCAGCUGAAGUAGAAGCGAUUCUUGAGAAUUGAACAUCUUUGGUCUGGCGUUAGAGCAGAAAUGUACAUUCUCAAGCUCUUCCAUUCUCCGCUGUUCUGAGCUCCAGUGAUUUUUGCUUUUAUGAAUCUGAAAUGGCGCCGCUGAAGAAACCUGACAAGUCUCUCUGCGCAGGGGUGUACAACCGUCUCCCAGAACACGCGCUGAUCGGAUCACAGCACUUCUCUGAUCGAAUGCUCAUAACAUGAAGGGCUCAGUGAACCAAGCUUUUAUUACAACACGCGUCACACAUCGUUCACAAUAACCUUUCACACGCCGAAGUGCUGUUGAACCGUAGUUCUGUCAGCGCGCCCGUUCUGAUGCGUUAUUGUUUCUAUAGAAGCCCUUAGGGACUUGUAUGACAGACGCUCCUUCUACAGGGGUAGUGCAAAAAAACAUCCUGUGAGCGGAAACGUCUUGAUGAUGAGGAGGGCUACGUUAACGUGAAUAACUACUCUGUACAACUGUGAUGAGCAGAAAAGCCGGUCACAGUGCACAGCAUGUCCAUCCAUUCCACUUCGGGCAGCCAAGAACAGGAAUCUGAGGCGUGUGUGUGUGUGUGUGUGUGUGUGUGUGAGAGAGAGAUCAUGGAUAAUGAUAUGGCAUCGUGAGCAAUUGUUUGUUUAGCAUUUUUUGGAAGGAGUCUCCAGUGUCAGAAAGUUUUCCAUCACUGGAAAGUCUUCAUAACAGAAGAUGUAAAAAGUAGCUUAAGAAGCUGUGGAUUUCUCUCUCUCUCUCUCUAUAUCCCCUCCUUUCCUCUCUCUCUCUCCUCCCCCCUCCUUUCAUCUAUCUAUCUAUCUAUCUAUCUAUCUAUCUAUCUAUCUAUCUAUCUAUCUAUCUAUCUAUCUAUCUAUCCUUCCCUCCCCUUUCCUCUCUCUCGUUUUCUCUUUCCCUCUCUCCCUCCCCCUCUUUCUCCCUUUUCUCUCUUUCUCUUCCCCCUUUCCCUCUCUCUCCUCCCUCUCUCACUCCCUGUCUUUCUUUCCCUCCCUCUCUCCUCCUCCCUCUCUCUCCCUCCCUCUGCACCUCUCUCUCUUUCUCUCUCCCUCCCUCCCUGUCUCUCUGCACCUCUCUCUCUUUCUCUCUCCCUCCUUUCCUCUCUCUCUCCUCCCCCUCCUUUCAUCUAUCUAUCUCCUUCCCUCCCCUCCCCCUCUUUCUCUCUCCUUCCCUCCCCUCUCUUGUUUUCUUUUUCUCUUUCCCUCUCUCCCUCCCUUUUCUUUCUCUCUUUCUCUUCCCCCUUUCCCUCUCUCUCGCUCCCUGUCUCUUUCUUUCCCUCCCUCUGCCCCCCCCCCCCCCCCCCCCCCCCCCGGUCCCUCUGCCUGCCUCCCUCCUCCUCCCUCUCUUUCCCUCCCUCUGCACCUCUCUCUCUUUCUCUCUCCCUCCCUCCCUGUCUCUCUGCACCCCCCCCCCCCCCCCUAUAUUAAUGUCAGGACAGAAGAAAUUGGAUGGUUGUGAUGAAAUAAGUUUAAAGUUUCUUCCACAACCUUAAACGUAACUAUAAAUGGGCAAAAACAAUGACCUAUCAUUCUUUAAAAAUUUUAGAAAGUAAUCCUUCGCAGAUUGCUGUCGUUUAAGAGGAAUAAACCACUUCACAGUGUGCAGUCCUUGGAAAACAAUCAACUGCACUUUUACUUCCUUUGUCGCGUCACACCACGGAUAAACGCCGUCGUUUAUUAAUUUCCUGUACCAGCACACCUCGGGUUUUCUUCCUUACUUAAAGCCUCACACUGAUGCACGUCAUGUCUUUAAGUCUUUUACACAUGGGUUUUUCUGUUUAGCGUGAUUUUGGAAGAGAGCUGUACACCUCUGAGCGUCAGUGACACUACAGGGCACGCCUUUAAAUGGUCAUGCAGCGAAGCGGUAACACAUCCACGCGCUCGUGCUCCGGCCAGCCAGUCUGUUCUCAAUCACUUUGUUGCCAAAGGCGUACAAACUAAACAGGGAACUCCAGUAAAGGGCUCAGUUGUGUGUGGGGGGGGGAGGGGGAGUUUAGGGUGAACCAAAUGACUACCUGUCUCUAUUUACUUUAGAAAUACUUGCACACACACACAAACCUAGUAUAUACUAAACCUAGAGAUUUGCACUUUACACACGAUAAUUAUUAGAAUAAUGUAUUUAUGUAGAACAUUGCACCAGUGUUUUUUCUUUUUUUUCCCCAGUUUUUUUUUUUUUUUUUAAUAGUGCUGAUCUUUUUCAAAGAUGCAAACAGCAGGUUAUGGACAGUGGGGUCGAAAGGUCUUAGAGCACUCAUGAAAAGGCUUUUGUUUUUAAUUUAAUACAGAACAUUUCAGUUUACAAAUGACAUCACUGACAAGAGUUUGAGUGAAAAGUAGAAUCUUUACCUUUAUGAAUUUUAAAGGUGUGUUUGUUUGCUUUUUUAAAUAAAGUAUUUGGUCCGUCCUACUUUCGCUUUAACAAUGAUGGUGUGCACUCGAGCUGGUACGGACCCCAUGUCGUGCUUCAAUAUGAAGAAAAUCUGACCUUUUAUACAAGUUAACAUGAUCAGUAUCGCUGAUUUGCUUACAUUUCCACAGAGAUCGAGAAACAGUGCAGAAUAUUGAAUAUUAAGGAUGUAAAAUAUUGAACUAUUAUUGAACAUUUUAAUUUCUUUCUUUGUUUUAAAUGUUUUAAAAUUCUCAAACCUUUUGUUUAAGUCCCGGAUUUUCAGUGCAGUCUCAGACUUUUGGACCCCAUUGUGUGUGUGUCUCUCUUUUUUUUUUUUUUUUUUAAUUUUUUUUUUGUUUUCCAUUUGUAUUAUUCAUAGUUACUUACUCCACAAAUCUAACAAUAUCCAACCUUCUUUAUUAGUUGUUGAAAUUACAAACCGAUGCUGUUCACCAUGGUGGCUUGAGCCAUGGUCAAUAAAAAUGCUGACUAUUAAAUGUAAAGGCUCUCAGUGUGUCUUAUUGCAUUUGAAAUAAAGAAAAGGUGAAAGAGCA